AUGGCAGAAAAGCAGCCUCAGAUGGUUGAGAAUAAGAAGAAGAAGAAGAUCAAAGAGAAGAGGGCUGAAGGAGAUGAGGAAGCCCAUCCAAUCAAGAAGAAAGAAAGAAGGACGAGUGAGAAGAGGGAACGCAUGCGGGAAGAGAGACGCCUGAAGAAGGAGGAAGAGAAGAGAAGGAAGGCUGAGAGCCUGGAAAUCGAGGAGACUCUUGAUUCCCCCACCAUAUAUCCAGUAGAUCAUUCCUCCCCUUCAUCAUCACCGCAAUUUUCCCCUCCACCGCCACAUGUUAAUGACCCACGCGAUUUGGGUGAAGGCAUUUCUGCCCAACCUCAAAAUGUUAAUGGCGAAACAUCGCAGGCACAGCCCACCAUUGCCUCCUUAGCUGUUGAACUUGCUGAUAUGCAUUCUCUUCUUUCUCACCAACAUGACUAUUUCUACCAGCGAAUAAAUGAGGUAAACAAGCGAGUAGAAGAUUUGCAACGCAAUGCUGCUAUGACAAGGCAGGUGAUGAUCAAUAUUCAACGCAACAUUUACACGAUCCACCUGAACCAAAAGCAAUUAGCAGAGCGUAACCAUGAGUACUUCAACUUUUUGACAAUGUAUCUUCAUGGUCCCAUGGUGCCUCCGCAUUUGCAGCAGCAUCUGAAUUUCGAAGAAGCUCCUCGAGUCCCUCAUCAGAAUCCUCCUCCCGAACCUCCUCCUCAAUAA